GUUUUAAAAGUUCGGAUAGUAGAUUGUGGUAGUAAUUUGGAAGUACAGAUUAACUAUCGGAAAUUUUCAAUAAAUCUUUUAUCGGUUUCAUGUUUUAGUAGAUUAUAUGGAGUGAUUGUGCAUCUUUUCAAUCCUAACGUGUUUGCAGCUUACCCAGGUGAAAGUGUUCACAUGGAGCCCGUAAGACAGGUGUUUGAAGUUCGGUUCCUCUCUGACCCAGAUGGGGAUUUCAACUGAGAACGUCAUUGGAAGUUGUGUAGAACGGACUGUGCAGGAGAUCCGGACUCGGAUUGAAUUCUCUCUCAUGAGCUCCAGUCAGAAAGACCUUUUCAGUUCGACUGUUCGAGGCCUAUUUGUCUAAGCUGCAGAUUAGCAGUUCGAAUUCACCAAAUACUAAUCAUUGGAUCAGGAUUGAACUCCCAUGGUUCCAAUCUACAUUUCGAGGCUCGACCCUAGAUUCCCUUGUUAGCUCGAGCUUUUUGCAACAUUAAGCUCAGUUCAUUUGGAUUCAUGAAUGGCCCAUCUCAGGCUCUAUCCAAGUCCAGAUACAUUUUUAUUAGUGCAUCACAAUGUGGGGCUCUCCUGCAGUUCUACGCCACCACUCGAUCUCUUACAAACACCAAGCAACUCCAUGCACACACCAUCACUUCUGGGCUUCUCAUGUCUGAUCACUCCGCGCGUCUUCGCUCCAAACUGGCUGCUACUUAUGCAUUUUGCGAAGGCAUCAAAUAUGCCCGUCGGCUGUUCGAGGAUUUGCCUUAUAGAAGCUCGUUAUUAUGGAACAUGAUGGUCAGAGUGUACUCUCAGAAAGGUUUAUCAAAAGAUGCACUCACGCUGUUUGUUGAAAUGCUUGCGUCUGGAGAACACCAACCCGAUAAUUUCACAUUCCCUUUUGUGCUCAAAGCCUGCGGUGAUUUAUUGUGGCUUGACAUGGGUAUGUCGGUUCACUGCAGAGCAUUAGCAACCGGGUUUGGUUUAGAUACGUAUGUUCAAAACUCCCUAUUGGCGAUGUACAUGAACUGUGGCGAAAAGGAGGCUGCCAAACGGAUUUUUGAUGGAAUGGUGAAGCGAACCGCAGUAUCUUGGAACACCAUGAUAAAUGGGUAUUUUCGGAAUGGGUGUCCUGAGGAAGCUUUGAUGUUUUAUGAUUGGAUGAUAGACUCAGGUGAGGAACCUGAUCCUGCCACUAUGGUCUCGGUGUUGCCAGCUUGUGGUUAUUUGAAGGAUUUGAAGCAAGGGAGGUGUAUUCAUGAAUUGAUGGAAGUGAAGAGAUGUGGGGCUGCCAUUUCGGUAAGGAACUCGUUGGUGGAUAUGUAUGGAAAAUGUGGUAGCUUGGAUGAGGCACGAAUGGUUUUUGAAGAGAUGGUUGAACGGGAUGUGGUCUCAUGGACUACCAUGAUUGGAGCUUAUGUUCUGAAUGAUGAUGCAAGAAGUGCGAUGGCACUUUGUCAUCAGAUGCAGGUGGAAGGAGUAAGUCCCAAUACUGUGACCUUGGCUGUUCUCCUCUCGGCUGCUGCAAGUUUAUCUGCUCUGAAGCAUGGUAAGUGUUUACAUGGAAGGGUGAUCAGGUGUGAACUUCAAUUGGAUGUUACUGUAGAGACAGCUUUGAUUGACAUGUAUGCAAAGUGCAGCUGUAUGAACCUCAGUUUUCAAGUUUUCAUGAGCACUUCAAGAAAAAGAACGGUCCCAUGGAACGCAAUUAUUUCAGGGUAUGUUUAUAAUGGACUUGCAAGAGAAGCAAUAGAACUUUUCAAACAAAUGCGGAUGGAUAGGGUGGACCCUGAUGAUGCAACUCUGAUCAGUAUCCUUCCUGCUUAUGCUGAUCUAGCAGAUUUGCAACAAGCAAAGAACAUACAUUGCUUCCUAAUCAGGUCUGGUUUCCAUACAAGAGUCAAAACCACUACAGGUUUGAUUGACAUCUAUUCCAAGUGUGGAAGCUUAGAUUCCGCUCACAAGCUCUUCAAUAGUAUACCCAAAAAUGACAAUGAUAUAGUGUCAUGGAGUGCAAUUAUAGCUGGUUAUGGAAUGCAUGGACAUGGUGAGUCUGCCAUUCAGCUUUUUGAUCAGAUGGUGCAAUCCGGAUUGAAACCAAAUGAGGUCACCUUUACCUCUGUGUUGGAUGCAUGCAGCCAUACAGGUUUGGUGGAUGAGGGACUUCGUUUGUUCAAAUGCAUGAUCAGUGAUUACCAUAUGAAGCCUCGGGCUGAUCACUAUACUUGCAUUGUUGAUCUUCUCAGCCGGGCAGGUCGGCUGAAGGAAGCUUAUGAGUUGAUCAAAGCAAUGCCUUUUGAGCCCAAUCCUGCUGUGUGGGGUGCUUUACUUGGUGGUUGUGUGAUUCAUGAAAAUGUUGAACUAGGAGAAAUUUCUGCAGAGAGGCUCUUUGAACUAGAACCAAAGAACACAGGCAACUAUGUGUUAAUGUCAAAGAUCUAUGGUGCUGUAGGAAGGUGGGAUAAAGCACAGAAUGUAAGGAAUAUGAUGAGUGAAAUGGGACUACAAAAAACACCUGGUUUCAGCUUGAUUGAGGUUAGAAAUGUGUUUGAUGCACCUAAGCUAACCACUUCUAUGAAUGGGAGUUUCUCAAAUGUUAGGCAGAAGAAGCUGACCAUGAAUCAGAAUGCUGCCAAGUAAACAUGGUUCAUCAAUCAAGCGUUUGCAACAAUGAGGUGAUGAACAAUAGAGGUCUUUGUGGCAAAAAAAGUGAAGAGAAGGGCAAGCGACAAUGGUUAGAUGGGGUGAUUCCAUUAUUCCAUGAUCCAAUAACAAUUAUUCAAGUAUUCAUGCACUAGAAUUUGUGGAAUACCUAAAAUAUCAAUGCAUCACUUCAGGACUCGGAACUGAAUUUUGCUGCCAAGAUAUUCCUAUCAUCUAUACCCAAGGAGACAAGAUGUCACUCUGUAGUCAUCAAUCUGGAGGGUCUAAAGUAUUCGUCAAAAAAAAAAAAUCAGGAUUGUUUUAAGUGCUAGGCAAGCCCUUUGAUUGAACAAAGAGCGAUUGAUUGGUCAAUGCAGGUAGGUAGAAUAACCAUCAACCAGUUACCACUUCUGUGCAAAUGAAAGGUUCUCAAUGAUCAUAUUUCAUUUCUAUGCACUGCUACAAGCUUUCUGACCAUUGCCUCCUCAAUUUAUAAUGUGCUCAUUGAUUUUGACAACGGAUCGACAUGCAUGGUUAUAAGUAGCUGCAACCUGCAAGUACAGGGCAUGUGCGGUCACAAGACAAAUAAAUCUCGCUGACAUUGAAAACACAUUGGACUGUGUUUCUUUUAUGCUCUUAAUCUUAUUACAUUGAACAACUUUGUAAAAUAUUUCGCUUCAAAAUACAGAUUCAAGAUUUCUCA